AUGGAGUUUAUCGCGGACUAUGAUCUGAAGAUUCAGUAUCAUCCGGGAAAGGCUAAUAUAGUGGCAGAUGCCUUGAGCCAUCGAAAGGUCGACGUUGAUGUCAAGAAAGACAUGGAAGCGCUGUCUGAGGAAUUCAAGAAGUUGACACCCUAUGAAGCUGUUUAUGGCCAGCCACCUCCUCAGCAUUUGUCUUACUUACCAGGUGAAUCUAAAGUGGUUGUGGUUGCUAAGAGUCUACAGAAACGUGAAAACAUGCUUUUGAUACUCAAAUUUAAUUUAUUGCAAGCUCAACAUCGUAUGGAGCAGGCUGCUAAUAAGCAACGAUAUGAGAGAAGCUUUCGUAUUGAUGAUUUGGUGUAUGUCAAGCUUCAGCCUUAUCGCCAAGGGUCUGUGGUUCUUCGUGUAAAUCAGAAAUUGACCCCAAAAUAUUUUGGUCCUUACAAAGUGGUGGAUAUGUGUGGUGAGGUGGCUUACAAGUUGGAGUUGCCAUCGUCUUCACGUGUUCAUCUAGUGUUUUAUGUGUCCCAGUUGAAGUUGCGGGUUGGAGGUCGUGUGGUGAAUACUCAGCUUCCCUCCAUUGUCCAAGAUGUGUUGAUCAAUGAGCCUUGGAGGAUCUUGAAACGUCAUAUGGCAGUGGCAGAGGUAGAAAAGUAUUAG